AUGGUCGCUCCUCACGAACCCGAAUUUGAUCAGGCUUACAAGGAGAUUAUCUCCUCUGUGGAAGACUCCAAGCUCUUCAAUGCUCAUCCUGAAUUAAGGCGUGUCUUGCCAAUCAUCUCUAUUCCCGAACGUGUUUUGCAAUUUCGAGUUACUUGGGAAGAUGACCAAGGUAACUGCCGUGUCAACACUGGCUACCGUGUCCAAUUCAACUCUGCAUUGGGCCCUUACAAGGGUGGUCUCCGUUUUCAUCCCUCUGUCAACUUGAGUAUCCUCAAGUUCUUGGGCUUUGAGCAAAUCUUCAAGAAUGCUCUCACUGGCCUUCCCAUGGGAGGUGGUAAGGGUGGUUCCGACUUUGAUCCUAAGGGAAAGUCUGACUCUGAAAUUCGCCGUUUCUCCCAAGCAUUCAUGCGCCAACUUUUCCGUUACAUCGGUCCUCAAACUGACGUCCCUGCUGGUGACAUCGGUGUCACUGGUUUUGUCGUCAACGCUAUGUUUGGAGAGUACAAGCGUCUUCGUGACGAGUACUCUGGUGUUUUGACCGGAAAGCACAUGCUCACUGGUGGCAGUAACGUCCGUCCCGAAGCCACCGGUUUCGGUGUUGUCUACUAUGUCUGCCACAUGAUUCAAUAUGCUUCCAAGAGCACCAAGGGCAUUACCGGCAAGCGCGUUGCCAUCUCUGGUAGUGGUAACGUUGCCCAAUACGCCGCUCUCAAGUGCAUGGAACUCGGUGCCGUCGUUAAGAGCUUGAGCGACUCUAAGGGUGCUUUGAUUGCCACCAGUCCCGAAGGCCUUACUCCCGAUGUCAUUUACAAAAUUCAGGAACUUAAAGAAAAGCGUCUCGCUAUCACUGAUUCUCUUGAACUUACCAACAAGCACAAGUUCAUUGCCGGUGCCCGUCCCUGGACUCAUGUCGGUGAAGUCGACAUUGCUUUGCCUUGCGCUACUCAAAACGAAGUUAGCGGUGAAGAAGCUGAAGCUUUGAUCAAGGCUGGUUGCCGUUUCGUCGCUGAAGGCUCCAACAUGGGUUCUUCUGCCGAAGCUGUCGAGGUUUUUGAGAAGUCUCGUGCCAACGGCAAAGGUUGCUGGUUGGCCCCCGGUAAGGCUGCUAAUGCCGGUGGUGUUGCUGUCUCUGGUUUAGAAAUGGCCCAAAAUGCUCAAUUUAGCACUUGGUCUCAUUCAGAGGUUGAUGGUCGCUUGGCUGAUAUCAUGAACUCUAUCUUUACUCAAUCUACCGAUGCUGCUUCCAAAUACUGUGAAAGUGGAAGCAACAACCUUCCUAGUCUUUUCGACGGUGCCAACUUGGCUGGUUUCAUCCGUGUCGCUCGUGCUAUGGAAGCUAUUGCUGACUGGUGGUAA